AUGCGCCGCUGACUCCUCGUCCUAAGGUCGAAGAACCCAUACCCUCACCUAUUGCAUUCACUAAGGAACACCAAGUCUCCGUUCACGAAUUUCUGACAACGACAAGAACGAAAACAUGGGCAAAGCAGUAUCGGAUGCGUCGGACUCGAAAUAUGCAGUAUGCGUCUUCACUCGACAAGGCUCAGCACCGAAGACCAAAGAAAAGUAUCGCUCAGAGGUUGCUUCAAGCGGCCGUCACAACUGUCGUAGAGUCUUCUGAUAGCUUCAUGCAAGACAUGGUGGACGCAUCUACUACCCGUCAACCGCUCCAUUUUCAAAUCGUUGCCAAAGCAUCUGUUGAUGGCAAGAGUAGCAAUCGUCGUCAGUGGUGCCUCGUUGAUCCCAAGAAAACCACACCCUUCCCUCGAGGCCCGAAAUUGAAGCAGCUGGAUGCAGAUGGUCCCGUCAGGGUCAAGCCACGACAGCCAUUAACGCAAUGGCAUACUAUCCACCGCCACUCGCCUAUCAAAGAACCUCUGGCUCGUAAAUCCCACGUCAACUUCUUACCAUGUCCUCCUCUAUCCUUCGUCCCUCUCCAUGCUGCGGAGGAAUCUUACUCUCGCAACAAAGGCAAACCCAGGUCAAAACCAACGAGAUUACUUCCAGAUCGUGAAUCUCUAACGUUUGUAGAAGAACCUCUGCCUUCUCAGAAACUUCUUUCAGUGCGGCCAGCCAGCAACAUGCCUUGUCCCAACAAAACCCAGCAAAUCGAUCCGGAGGCUCCCUUACCACAGAUUUCGCGCUUUGACGACCUUCAAACUGACAUUCGAGACCCUUGCUCUUCUUAUACCACAUCCUCUCCACGGUCUAUGUCUGAUGAUGCUUCUACUUCUAAAACAUUACCUGCUCUCCCAAUCGCAAUUGACAGUUCCGCACCGCCGAUGCGACCGUUGGCUUCUUUUCUCGGGAGCUUUCUGGAAACCGUACGCACUGCUACACAAACGCAAGGAUCUCAAAAAUUUUCAAGGCCUAGUACUUCCGCGCGUGGUACCCGUCUUUGCCCUCGCCCUCGUACAACAGCUCUGACCCAACAACGUCUGACUUUCGACUCUGCACCGCCUGAUGAUUCCCUCGCUUAUGUUAAUUAUGAUUCCUUUGAUGUCUUUUCUGAUGAACCAGAUCUGGAGAAAGGUGACGUGGAUUUCAUGGAUAAUGCACCAGUCACUAUGAACUUGGCUGAUGUGUUGAAGUAGUUGCUAGUGCUGAAUGAAUUGUGAUAUAGCUUUUGAUAGCCUAAAAUGAGACCAUAAAAGGAUUCGACUACCGCUUCGGUUUUUAUGCCGUUGUUUUGAGUGCUAUAAAACGAAAAGGUACAGAGAGGACUCAUUUUUGACGAGCUAAAACUGGUACUAGCUGGUACUUCGUAGUAAUGCACUGAA